GAAAGAGAGAGAGAGAGAGAGAGGAUAACAUAAGUGCAGCAGAGCAGAGGAGAGGUGAGAGCCACAAAAAUAUGAACAUGGCAACAUCUUCAUUUUCAGUAAGCAAGCUCCCUCCAUGCUCAAAGCUUGGACCCCCCAAAACUACUUCAAGCUCUAAUUUCAAACUCAACAACUACUACUACAACAGUUGUUCAGCUUACCAUACUAGAAAAAAAGUGUUCCCAGCAGCAAGCAUAAUAAAGUGCGAUUCUUCUUCUUCAAAAGAUGAGAGUCCCAAGAAAACCCAUUCGAAACUGGGAAUAGGAUCUCCAAUUGUGGUGGUUGAGGCUCCUAAGACCGUCAAAACCGCUGCCUCAAUUCCCUGCCUUAGAAUCAACCAUGGCUUAAUCAACCCCGGUGAUGUUGGAAGGUGGUUAAAGAGAUCCUGCUCCUACCUCCUCGAGCUCGACCAUCUUGACAAUGGGUGUUCUGCUUGUAUUGUCAAACUCAUUAUAUCGAACUUACCCCUAAUUGUGUCAAGAAAGCCAAAGGAUGUCUGGGCAAUCCGUUUAAGUAUUGGCACUUACCUAAUAGACGGUAAAUAUUUUAAGCCCUUGGAGCUUGAUCAAUAAAAAAAAUUAUUGUAAUAAAAAAUAUUAUGAUGUGAUAUUCUAUGAUAAUAUUGCCUAUAUAUAUUUUAUUCAUAUUAUGUUA